ACAUCAUCACGCACGGAGGAACACGCACAGAGCUCCAGUCCGAUGGGGAUGCUCAGCUCCAGGCCUUUAGGUUUCAUUUAACGUCGGCGUGCUGGUGGGUUUUCUGCAGAGCAUCGCAGCAGACGGUGUCAUCAAUCAUGGCAGAAGCGGAGUUACAAACCUUUACCUCGAUCAUGGACGCGCUGGUUCGCAUCAGUUCUAACAUGAAGAGCAUGGAGCGGGAGCUGCAUUGCCCGGUGUGUGACGAGAUGGUGAAGCAGCCCAUCCUCCUGCCGUGUCAACACAGUGUGUGUCUGCUGUGUGCGGCUGAGGUGUUGGUGCAAAAGGGAUAUCCUCCACCUGAGCUCCCUCCAGAACCCCACUCUCCGGCCUCCACGCCCAACACCCGCUCCCCGCGUCAGGCACGCAGACCCACGCCAAGGACCCCCGACCGCCUGGAACGGGUCCUCAGAACAGUGUGUGGGACUUACCCAGGGCGAAGGCGGAAAGACGCGGCCCCUCCCCCCAUGUUGUUCCCAUGUCCUUCCUGUCAGCAGGACGUGGAGCUCGGAGAAAAAGGCCUGACAGAAUGCCUCCGCAACCUCACCCUGGAGCGCAUUGUGGAGAGGUACAGGCAAACGAUAAGUCUGGGCAGUGUGGCCAUCGUGUGUGGUUUCUGUAAACCCCCUCAGUCUUUGGAGGCCACUAAAGGCUGCGCCGACUGUAAGUCCAACUUCUGCAACGAGUGUUUCAAACUGUACCACCCCUGGGGAACUCCCCGGGCUCAGCACGAACACAUCCUUCCCACCAACAACUUCAGGCCAAAGGUCCUAAUGUGCACGGAGCACGAGCAGGAGAAACUUCUGUGGUACUGCCGCAACUGCCAGAGGCUGCUGUGUCCGCUCUGCAAGCUCCGACGUGUCCACCAUGGACACAAAGUGUUGCCUAUCGCACAGGCCUACCAGGCCCUCAAGGACAAGGUCAACAAGGAAGUCAACUUCAUCCUGGCCAACCAGGAGACAAUACAGAGUCAGAUCACUCAGCUGGAAGCAGCCAUCAAACAGACGGAGGCUAACAGCACAGUAGCCCUGCAGCAGCUGAUCCACAGUAUCCGGGAUCUGGGAGCGGCCGUAGCCGAGCGUCAGGGAGCUUUGGCUCUGGCCGUGGAGGGAUCUCGCAGCAGGAGGGAGGAGGCCCUGUCUGCUCAGGUCUCAGAGAGGCGUGGACUGAUGGAGCACGCGGGCCUGAUGGCCUACACACAGGAGCUGCUCAAGGAGACUGACGCACCCUGCUUUGUACAGGCUGCCAGAGUCACUCACAGCAGGCUGGUGAAGGCCAUCGAAAACCUGCAGUGUUUCACCUUCGCUGCAGAUUCCUCCUUCAGACAUUUUCACCUGGAUGCGUCCAAAGAGGUCAAACUCAUCAACAGCUUGGAAUUCAUCCGUGCUCCAGUGGCUCCAGUCAUCGACACUCAGAAGACAUUGGCUUACGACCAGCUGUUCUUGUGCUGGCGCCUCCCUCAGGACUCGGCCCCAGCUUGGCACUUCUCUGUUGAAUACCAGCGACGAGCGGGAGGAGCCGCAGCCACGUGGGGCGGCACCAGAUCCCCCAACUCUGCAACGUCAUGGCAGCGCCUGGAUGAAGUGAGAGGGACCAGUGCCGUGAUCGAGCGGCUGCAGAUUGACAGCGUGUACGUGCUCAGGGUGAGAGGAUGCAACAAGGCCGGGUUCGGAGAGUACAGCGAAGAGGUGUACCUCCACACACCCCCCGCACCUGUGCUGAGUUUCUCCUUGGACUCUCGCUGGGGUUUGCACUCUGACAGGCUGGCGCUGGGUAGAGGCCAAACCUACGCCCGCAGCGUGCCGGGCCUCUCCCUCCUGCAGGUCGCUGACCGCACGCUCACUUCUUGCCACCUGACGUCGGACCUGCUGGUGGCUGACCUGGCCGUCACUCAGGGCCGACACUACUGGGCGUGCUCUGUGGAGCCUGGGUCCUACCUGGUAAAGGUGGGAGUAGGCCAGGAGACGAAGCUACAGGAGUGGUUCCACCUCCCUCAGGACAUGGCCAGUCCUCGCUGUGACCCAGACAGUGGCCAUGACAGUGGAGCAGAAGACGGCCAGGACUCCCCUCCCUUCUGCUUCCUCACCAUAGGCAUGGGCAAGAUCCUGCUCCCACAAGGGCACGGUCAGAGCCAGAGCCAGGCGGACAGCCAGAGCCACGGAGGAGUGCACUCCCACGGCAGCAGCCACAGCAACCUGCCUCACCCUCACACGGCUCCUCUGCCGCCCCGACUGGGAGUGUGUCUGGACUGCGAUAAAGGACGGGUCACCUUCUACGACGCCCACUCGUUGCGGAUGCUGUGGGAGACACACGUGGAUUGCUCAGCUCCGGUGUGUCCGGCCUUCUGCUUCAUCGGCGGGGGAGCCCUGCAGCUUCAGGACCUCGUGGCCAGUCGGAGCGUCGAGGAGCCGCCGCCACGGAGGGUGACCAUCCAGACACGGGCAACAAAUGUGAGCAAGUAAAGAAGGAGGCAGUUUAUGGACACAGUUCACUCAGAGAUCACUCAUCAUAUUGUUGGAGGACGAGAAGGUGUGUGAGUUCAUAAUUGACAGCCUUUGAUACUUAAAUGAACUGUCAAUGAUAGGGAGAUCCCACGAGAAAUAUCUGAUAUUGUUUUGCAUUUGCACCUGAAAAUAUCAAAUCUCUCUUUCUUGCUUGAUAAUGUUUUUUUUCCUUGACUAUGGACAUUGUGGCUGAAGUGAUAUCCGACUAUGCAGAAUUCUGUGGACAGGGUGAGUCAAGCACCUUUCUAACAGAUUAGAACAAUGACUUGCAUUGUAAGAAAAUCUGCCGUCCAUUUACACUUGUCUUAGUUUUUCCCAGACAUCAAAAAAAUUGCAUGCAAGUGUAACUUGGAUACGUAACUUACAGAAAUGCAGGUAACUGUCACCUUGUAAAAGCACCUCAGAUGAACUGUAUGUCUAAUUUUCUAUCUCAAUUCGUAUGUAGCCUCAACAUGUGUCAACAAUGUGUAAAUAGUGCAGAGUUACAGAGUGUGAAUAUGUUUUGGUCGGUGAUUGGUAAACCCCUGCUGGCUCGUGUCAGGACAUUGACAACUUUUUUACAGUCACAGUUUUGCAUUUCAGAAGGAUGUGCGUGACAUUUCGGCUGAGUAAACGUCUCACUGUUGCCUCUGCGUUUUCAGAUUUACAGAGAUCAGAGUUGUAAAAACAAGGUUGUGAAGAAUAAUGUUCUCGUCACGCUGGUUUACUCACAAACCUGUGAAUGCGUUUCAUUGUUUUACGUUUUGGGAAAAGUCGAAAAUGUAGAUGGCCUCCUCGUUCCGUAUAUGGAGUCUGACUGAUUUGCACAUACAUGUUAAUGAUCAGCUGGAGGAAGUGGAUGGAUGACAACCAGCUGAAGAAGGUCUAAUUUAAGAGCUCUGGUUUCUUACAGCGUUUCCCUACCGCAACUGACAGUCGCUCAUUUACUAACUGACUGACUCCCAGUUACGUUGAGGGAAUGUAAGAGUCGAGUUAUGUUUUAUUUCAAUGCAAGAGAUUGUCUUUAUUCUAAUAUUUUCAAAUCAACUGGCUCUGACUGUAUUUUAAUAUAUAAUAUGAUUUUCUGGUGUGUGUGUGUGUGUCUGACUGAGAGAGGGAGAGCUCUGGCUGUGACUUUCAUGCUUUCUGAUGUGUGUGUUUGUAUGUAUGUGUGUGUGUGUGUGUGUGUGUGUGUGUGUAUGUGUGUGUGUGUGUUUGUGUGUGUGUAUCCUGUCUUGAACAACUCAUGUCGACUCCUCUUCUCACGUUACAGCGCAGCACUUGAAUGACUUUAGACUGUAGCAUCUCAGAAAUCAGAAUCUACAAAUUUAGACUUUGCAGAAUGUUUCUAUCAUGUCACGACAAACACAAUAAAUGACUGAAAACUAA